CCUAGAUAUUUCUCUCCUUUCUCUCUCCUCUUUUGAAAUCCGCUGAAACUCUCUUCUCGUAGUGAUGGCCGCCAUCGCUGACGGAGCCAUGCUUGGCACUGUUGGUGGCGGCGGGUCAUGGACUUCUCUGUUUCAUGUUUCGGAUGAGAUUCGUCUUGAUUUCUUUGAGCCGGAAUUUGUUAAUGGCUCUCUUCGGAUUCUCAAAUCGGUUGUCGAGGAGGGUGCGAAGAAGUGGGAGCACACUCUCGUCAUUCAGUUCUAGGUGGCUCCGCCUUCUCUUUCGGCUUUGUGAUUCUGGGCAAACUGGAUCUGGAGUCGUGAUGGGGAGGUGAAGGUCUCGCUCUUAGAAAAUAAGUUGGUACUCUUUCAAUUUUCGUCAGAGGUGACCUGUCGCUGGGUUUUUGAGGGAGGACCAUGGCACUAUCGGGAGAAGAUCAUUUGUCUUCGACGCUGGGCUCCGGGAAUCCGAGCGUUGGAGAUUGACAAUUUAGUUGUUCUGGUAUGGAUCAAGUUAUUUGGUCUACCUGUUGAAAUGAUAAGAGAAGGACUGGGUCGUAUUGGUAGCUCAAUUGAUAAGCCUCUUUGUAUGGAUCAUUCUACUUCUAAGCGGGAGAAGGUAGGUGUAGUUCGCAUAUGUGUUGAGGUCAGUGCCAGGAAACCUCGGAUUGAUAAAAUUAGUGUUACACCUAAUAAUAUGUCUGAAUUCUUCAUUGGUCUUCAGUAUUGUGGUCUGCCUCAUUGUUGUGCUUAUUGAGGAGUUUUUGGGCAUGAUUGUUCACUUCCUCCCCCAUGGACUAAUACAAAACGAGUAUGGUGAUGAAAGCAGCCCAAAGAGUUCCUUUGUUAGAGCAUAAUGAGAUUGAAUGUUCACAAACGAGUGAGGUUGUCAAGCUUACGGAAGAGGAUACAGUGAAUGCGGUUGUCCAAGGUCUGGAAGAGGAUAAGGUUGCCAUCAAGGACAAGAAAGUUGUUGCGGACACUACCCCUCCUGUACCCCUAAGUGCCUUGCCCUCACAUGAGGAAUUCAACAGAGUGAUAAAUGGUGCCAAACCAAGGUCUGCACUGAAAGUCCCUACUCCUAUUCUGCAUUCAAAUUCUUUUGAUCUUCUGUGUGGCCAACGUGAUUUUAAGUUGAGAGCCCCUCCUAAUAAAGGAGGAAUAGAGGGCCUUCGAAGUAAUGGGGAACCACUAAGGCGGUUGCUUCUCGUAAAUGAAACUGCUAAACUGUAACACUCUAACCCGGCCGGGUAAUAAUUUUACUAAAAUGCCUUUGAUAAAUAAAAUACUCAAAUCUUAAAUUGCAUCGGGAAAAAUUUUCAUAAAUAAAAUACUGAAAACACACACUUGUAGUUCAAAGCAACGCCCUAACACAUGGGCAAACUCAAUACUUAAAAUCUCAAAGUGAUCUCCAAUCUAUACUCAUAAUCAUAAAUGUAAGUAACCGAUAAUCUCUGUUGUUGCUACUGAAAAUCUUGACUAAGCAUCCUCCGUGAUGCUUAUACUGCUCUCCUCUAGCUGGCUGCCCUCGAACUCGUUGCUCACUAACUGUUCCUCUAGCUCUUCAAACUGGUGAGUGAGAUGUGGUCAGUCUACGCCCUUACGUUAACACCUUAUUAAUACUUGAUCACUUUACUUAACUUAGUGGAAGUUGUUUUGCACUUCCACUAUUAAAAAUCUUAACUCUUAAUACUAUAUUCUUAAAGCUCAAAUCUCCACUUAAUAUUCUUAACUGACACGAGGAUCCCUCACUAGCUAGUACGGUUGCCAACUCAUACGUAUGAGAAGCCACCAAGGCUUUCCUUAAACUUAAACUUAUCGUGGAAGGCUCUUCUUCCACGAUUCUCAAGAGCAUAACUGCUGCUCAUCUUAAAAAUCUCAAGAGCAUAACUGCUGCUCAACUUAAAUAUCUCAAGAGCAUAACUGCAGCUCUGUCUCAAAGAUCUCAAGAGCAUAACUGCUGCUCUAUCUGAAAAUCUCAAAUGGCAACGGACUGGCGCUAGCGACUAAAAACACUUAAAAUGACUUCACCUUCUUGAAAGUGAGUUACUUCUUAAAAAAGAACUUGUUUCUUAAACUUUAAAAAUAGCUCAUAACAUAACGCUUUACGGUAAAUAGCACAAAAUCACUUCAAAUCACCUCAAGUUGUUGUAUGAUGACUUUAACAACUCAAAUGCCACCACCAUUUUAUCUUGAAUUCUGGUCUCUGAGAUCCCUUUAACAACGAUGUAUGAUGACUCCUUUUCCUCUUUAUCAACAACAUGCUGAACUCCCUCAAUAACCUCCACGUAUGCUCCAUCCAUUCCAUGCUCCCUUACACGUUCCUUUAUGCAUGCCAACUCAGAAUUGCUUCCCUUCUACCCGUGAUGAAUUCAUUCAUCCAUGUAUUCUUUGUAGCAAACACCAACCGUACUCCCUUCAUUGAAUAUUUCUUCCCCAUUGCCCUAUCUCAAAUCAACUUGACUACUUGAAAAGUCCAUUUACACGGUUAAGCCAAGCCUGUGAUGCAUAUCCCUUUCAUUAAAAACAACAGCCGGAUCGCACAAUGAAAAACCCACAAGAACUGACCUCUCCUAUCCAAUUAUUUAAGCUAGACAAUGGAUCGAAUUACUUACUCUAGCGUAAGCAGCGGUGCUAGCUUAUGGUGGUCAUGUCCUCGUCCAUGGUAUUGGCUGAUUGCAAUCUCCCGCGGCCAUCGAAUAGCUGGGUGCAUCUCCCCCCGGUCCAAGUAGUUCCUCCGCCACCAAGCCUUUGUAUCCAUCACGAAUGUUUUCAAGCCAUCUUUUCCAUUCAGCCAAAUAUUGAUUUCGGAUCAAAGCUCGAUACCCAUAGGGAGAAGGCUGGGCGGGAGGGAAGAAAGCGAAAGGGACUGGGGUUUUUGCUUGUGCGGCUGGGUUCUUCCUUUGCACACUGGGUUUUAUUAAUUUUUAGGGUGAGGCCGAAUGGGUUAAAGUAAGGGGUCUAGGGUUUAAUUAGUCAAAGAGUAUUUUGGGAAUUUCACAAUUACGGGUGAGUUUAAUCCGAAACUCAAUUAACGUCCGCAAUUUUCUUAUUUUAUGUCCAAAUUUGACACCGCUUGAUCCGGUAGUUCCCAUUUUUAGUUCUCAUCGUAUUCCAGUGGAAUUUGACAAUUUUAUUAAGGGCAAGAUCGUCAUUUUUUUCUUAGGAGAAAAUGGGGUGUAACAUAAACUGGAACACAAGGA